AUGGUAAACACCAAGACCCUCCGCGUGCCCCAUCUGGGAGGGAUUGAUGCAGCAUACCAAAUGCCUCGCGAGUAUGAUCCUGCCAAGCCGACCGUCGUCAUGAUCAAUGCCUUUACCAUGUCCUCCGAGCUUUACCGCGCCCAGUUUGACGAUGCAGAAUUGGCCGACCAUAUGAAUUUGGUUGCGAUCGAGCUCCUGGGCCAUGGACAGACGCGCACGGCUCGGGAACAUUGGACCUACUGGGACACUGCGGAGAUGAAUCUGCAGGUGUUGGAGGCUCUCCAGAUUGAUCGUGCAUUCGUUCUGGGAACCAGCCAGGGUGGCUGGGUCGCGGUGCAAAUGGUUUUGCUGCGCCCCGACAAGAUUUUGGGGAUCAUCCCGAUGGGAACAUCCAUGGACAGUGAAUCGGAACGAACCCGCCAGCUAGACUGCUGGGAUGGCCCGGUCAUCGUAUCCGGGUUUGUGAAACAAUGGGCAAGCAGCGAGGUGACGCCGGAAUUCGAGCCUGACGAUACGUACUGCGAUGCGGUGAUUGGUAUUGGGCUGAACCAACUCGCGCCAGGGGUGCGAGAGUUCUGGCACAGAACGCUCAAGUCCACCUACCAUGGAGAGGAGGGUCGCCGACGCAUCCGCAUGGCGGCCAUUAAUUUGGCAGAGCGUGGAGGGCUGCAUCUCCGACUCUCUGACAUCCAGUGUCCCGUUCUAUGGCUGCAUGGCACCAAAGAUGCGGUCUACAGUAUUGCCAAUGCCAGCGAAGAAAUCCAGCUAUUCACACGCUCACCAUCUGCAACCUUGGUCCCGGUGGAGGGAGGAGCGCACUUCCUGAAUGCUUCACACCCACGGGAGGUGAAUGCUGCCCUGUUGAAGUUUGUGAAUCAGCACCACUGA